AUGCAAUCACCGUCAGCCCCGUUCUGCCUUCUUAUUCUUUCCUUGCUUGUCGCUUCAUCACACGUCUCCGCUGCCGUGCUGCCAGAUGGUGAGGCCGUGCCAAAAUUGGAGAAAGACCUCUUCGAGGUAGCCGACAUCCUAGAUAAUGAGGAGGCUGCUGAGGCAGGAGAGGAGGAGGAAGAGGAGGAAGUGGUGGAGAAAACCAGUGAAACAGACCAUCGAGCAGAUGUCCUUGUUCCAGCAGGAUGGGGCAGCCUCCGACGGAGAAUCGGUGGUGCUUUCAGAAGGGUCGGUGAUGGCAUUCGAAGAGUGUUCAGGGGUCCUUGGAAAAUCUGCAUACCUUCGUGUCCAAAGGGCGGGAGAAGACCACGAUCCUGGGACGCAUAG